AUGUCCUACACUAAACUUGAAUUACAACCACUUUUCGAUAAAAUCGAUGAAUUGAAGCCUGCCUUCAUUGAGAGGCUCUCUAAGGCUGUUGCAAUUCCUUCAGUUUCCGGAGAUGAAUCCUUGAGACCCAAGGUGGUCGACAUGGCACACUUUUUGGUUAAGGAAUUGACCAGCUUGGGCUUUGAGGACAUACAGGUGAAGGAAUUAGGAAUCCAACCCCCACCAGUGGAAAAUCCUAAGUUGGAGUUACCACCUGUGGUGUUAGCCAGAUUGGGUAAUGACAAAUCAAAGAAGACCGUCUUGGUGUACGGUCAUUACGAUGUCCAACCGGCCUUAAAGGAAGAUGGUUGGGCCACUGACCCUUUCACUUUGGUCCAUGACAGUGUCAAGGACAUUUUGUUUGGUAGAGGUUCUACCGACGAUAAGGGCCCAGUUAUGGGGUGGCUUAACGUUGUAGAAGCUCACAACGAAUUGAAGUGGGAAUUACCUGUCAAUUUAGUCUGCUGUUUUGAAGGUAUGGAAGAAAGUGGAUCUGUUGGAUUGGACAAGCUUAUUGCCCAAGAAGCUGAAGCUUACUUCAAGGGAGUUGACACUGUUUGUAUCUCCGAUAACUAUUGGUUGGGUACCACCAAGCCAGUUUUGACCUACGGAUUGAGAGGAUGUAACUACUACCAAGUUUCCAUUAAGGGACCAGGAGCCGAUUUACAUUCUGGUAUUUUUGGAGGUAUUAUUGCUGAACCAAUGACCGAUUUAAUUAAAGUCUUGUCUCAAUUAGUCGAUGGUCAAGGUAGAAUCUUGAUUCCAGGUAUUGCAGAAAUGAUCGCUCCAUUAACUGACAAGGAAAACGCAUUAUAUGACGACAUUGACUUUUCAGUGGAAGAAUUGAAUGCAGCUUCAGGAUCUAAGACUUCAUUAUACUCUGAAAAGCAAGAUAUCUUGAAGCACAGAUGGAGAUACCCAUCCUUAUCAGUCCAUGGUAUUGAAGGUGCUUUCUCUGGGGGAGGAGCCAAGACUGUUAUCCCUUCUAAGGUCAUUGGUAAGUUUUCUAUCAGAACUGUUCCAGACAUUGAAUCUAACAAGUUAGACGAGUUAGUCAUCGACUUUGUUAACAAGAAGUUUGCUGAAUUGAACUCACCAAAUGUAAUUAAGGCCGAAUUAAUCCACGAUGGUGCAUACUGGGUUUCCAACCCAUUUAAUGAUGCCUUCACUGCAGCUGCCAAGGCCACUGAAGACGUGUGGGGUGUUAAGCCUGAUUUCACCAGAGAAGGUGGAUCCAUUCCAAUCACAGUUACUUUUGAGCAACUGUUAGGAACUGACGUGCUAUUAUUACCUAUGGGUAGAGGAGACGAUGGAGCACAUUCAAUCAACGAAAAAUUAGAUGUUAGCAACUACAUUAAUGGAUGUAAGACCUUGGGUGGGUACUUGCAUUACUAUGGAAGAGGUUAA